AUGAUUUCCUCAAUUAUUUGUCGCCGGAUAUUGUCUGUCAGAGCAGUGACGUCGUUGGAAGUGGUCAAAUCGUUUUCAUCGAAAGAACCGGAGAAAAAGAUUUGGGAAAAUCCUUGGGAGCACGCUCUACCAAAGCAAGGUUUCAAGUUUCCAAUCAUCAGUUCUUUUCAUUUCCUCUUCUUCAGAGAAAACUUACCCGAAGGUUGAAGAAAUCGCAGUGGAUUGGUCAUACGUAGAAAGGCUUAUGCCAAUAGAAGUUGUGCCAGAAGUUCCUCAUCAUGACAGUUUCCCUACGGCGAGUGGUUGGCAGCCUCCUUCGAGUUGGUUUAGUUGGAGUUUUGUAAAAAAAAAGUUUUUGAGUUUCGUCUCCCAAUUUGUCCUAUCACCUACGUCGGCGGCGAGAUCACCUUUUGCCAUUGUAUUUGGAAAGGAAACGGGAUCUGUUGAACGAGAAAAGCUUGGAUUUUGACUACGCUGAACUCGUGGUCGUUAGAGGAGUCGAUGGAGACGUUUUUGUGAGUUUUUUUUUUCAUUUUUUAUUGUUUUCUCUUAAUUUUUCCUUUUAAGGCUUGCGAAACAGAUUUGCGAACUUUCCUGGAGUCGGAGCUUUCUCACCCAGUUGCAACACACGUCGAUGAACUGAAAGGCCGAAUCAAAGUGAAAGGAGCACCACGGAGCGCAAUUGAAAAGUUUUUCUACAGUAAGGGUUUCUAG